AUGGAGUCGACAGGAGACGGAGGAGGACUGAGAGGAUACAACGUGAUCGACAGAGAUGGAGGAGAUGAGGAGGAGUGGCUGGAGAACGGAGCCACAGAAAGACUACGGAUCGACCGGAGACAACGAGACAGAGGAGAGAGACAACGUGGAGGACGAGAGGUGGAGACAACCGGAGGACGGAGAGAGACAACCCGACGAGACAACGAGACAGACAGACAACGAGAGAUAACCGAGACAACGGACGGACAGAGACAACGACCGAGACACGAGACAACGUGGACGGACAGAGAGACAACGGAGACAGGAGGACAGAGACAACGGAGGACCAAGGAGAGAGAUGGAGGAAGGAGUGAGAGACAACGGAGUGGACAGAAGGAGGAGACAACGAGACAGAGAGGAGGACUGAGACAAGGAGACACAACGGAGACAGAGGAACGACAGGACAGACAACGAGGAACAGAAGGAGAGAGACAACGAGCAGCCACACGAGGAGGAAGGAGACAACGUGAGACAUGGAGAGAGAAACGAGACAACGACGGAAAAGGACAGAGACAACGGAGGAGAGAGAUAACGAGACAGAGACAACGCAAGAGGAGGAGACAACGAGCGAGAGACAACGUGACAGAGGAGGAAGAGACAACGACAGACAACGGAGAAGGAGGAGAAACGACGACAGAGAACGACCAGAGACAACGGAGUGGACAGGAGGUGAGACAACGCGGACGGAGAGAAGGACAACGGAGGAGACAACGGAGGACAGAGAUCAAGGAGAGAGACCGAGUGAGACAAAGGAGGAUAACCCCGGAGGAGAGACAACGAGAGCAGGGUGAGAGGAGAGGACCCCAGACAGAGAGACAACGUGGACGGACAGGAGGAAGGAGACAACGACGGACAGGAAGAGAGACAACGGACAGAGAGGAAUGGAGAGACAACGUGACGACAGGGAGUGAGACAACGGAGGACAGAGAGACAACGGAGGAAGGAAGGAGAGAGACAACGGAGACAGGAAGACAACGGACACAGAGACAACGGAGGAAGGAGAGAGGAGGUGAGAGACAACGGACAGGAGGAGACAACGGACGACAGGAAGGAGAUAACGGAGGACAGACAGGACAAGGAGGACAGACAGACAGACAGAUCCCGGACAGGAGGAGAGACAACGAGAGUGAGAAAGACAACGUGGACGACGGAAAAGUGAGACAACGGAGCACAGGAAGAGACAAUCGAGAGAGACAACGGAGAGAGGAAGGAGACAACGACCGACAGUGGAGGAGUGGCUGA